AUGCCAAACACUUCAAACGAGAGGCCAGGACACCUUGAGCCCUCAAAGCUUGGCACGAAAGAAUAUUGGGAUACUCUCUACACAAACGAACUCCUCAACCAUGCUGCCGACCCCUCUGACAUUGGCACAAUAUGGUUCGAUGAUUCAGAUGCCGAAGACAAAAUUGUUCAGUUCUUGUCUGAUCUCUCCGACCCCUCCUCUGCCUCAAGUACAAUACUGUCAAGAGACACAACAUCUUUCCUAGACCUUGGCUGUGGUAAUGGAUCACUCCUCUUCGCCUUGAGGGGCGACGGCUGGUCAGGACGUGCUCUAGGUGUCGAUUUCAGCCCCCGUAGCAUCGCAUUCGCGAAUCAGAUCAGCGCCUCCAAAGCACAGGGGGGCCAAUUACCUGUUCCAGUCGAAUUUUGCCAGUGGGAUAUCAUUGCUGGCCCGCUGAAUAUGGUUAUCCUUGACGGCACCGAUGCUCAAGGGUGGGAUGUCGUAUUGGACAAAGGCACGUUCGAUGCUAUCAGCCUGUCAGAAGACAAGGAUAGCCUCGGUCGGCGCUUGUGUGAGGCAUAUCCAGAGCGUAUUCUGCAGCUUGUUCGAGAUGAAGGUAUUUUCCUCGUUACAAGCUGCAACUGGACUGAGGAGGAGCUGGAAAAGUGGUUUACUUUGGAGAGGGUGUGUCCACCAAGCCAGAAAGGACCAGAGAAAGUAUCGCGGCUUGAAGUUGUAGGGAAAAUUAGGUAUCGUACCUUCAACUUUGGAGGUGCACAGGGCCAGACCAUCAGCACCUUGUGUUUGAAGAAGACGCGGCAGUGA